AUGGAUGAUACCGGGGAGGAGGAGGAUGAGGAGGAGAUGGAGGGUGGUAGCGAGCUGAAUGCAUACAGCCAGGAAGUCAUUACCAUUCAUGGGGAAGUUGAUCUCGUGCUGGAGCAGCUUCCUGAGUGGGUUACUGCUAAGCCAGCCAAGAAGAACCUGCUCACCGUGAUGGAUGAGGCCUACAUCCAGCCAGAGCCCCUGGGGGUCGUCCUGAUUAUAGGGGCUUGGAACUACCCCUUCGUUCUCACCAUGCAGCCACUGAUAGGAGCCAUUGCUGCAGGAAAUGCUGUGAUUAUCAAGCCUUCUGAACUCAGUGAAAAUACAGCCAACAUCUUGGCUAAGCUCCUCCCCCAGUACUUGGACCAGGACCUGUAUGUUGUGGCGAAGGGUGGUAUUGAGGAAACCACCGAGCUCCUGAAGCAGCGGUUCGACCACAUUCUCUAUACUGGAAGCACUGCGGUGGGGAAGAUUGUCAUGGCAGCUGCUGCCAAGCACCUGACCCCUGUGACGCUGGAGCUGGGCGGGAAGAGUCCGUGCUACAUCGACCGAGAUUGUGACCUGGACGUCGCCUGCAGACGCAUAGCCUGGGGGAAGUACAUGAACUGCGGUCAAACCUGCAUCGCUCCCGACUACAUUCUCUGUGAACCAUCUCUCCAGAGUCAAAUCGUGCAGAAGAUUAAGGAAACCGUGAAGGAAUUUUAUGGAGAAAAUAUAAAAGAAUCUCCUGAUUAUGAAAGGAUCAUCAAUCUUCGUCACUUUAAGAGGCUCCUGAGUUUGCUCGAGGGACAGAAGAUCGCUUUUGGUGGGGAGACGGAUGAGGCCACGCGCUACAUCGCCCCAACAAUACUUACUGACGUUGAUCCUGAAACCAAGGUGAUGCAAGAAGAAAUUUUUGGACCAAUUCUUCCAAUAGUGCCUGUGAAGAAUGCAGAUGAAGCCAUAAAGUUCAUCAAUGACCGCGAAAAGCCAUUGGCUUUCUAUGUGUUUUCUCAUAACAACAAGGCUGUGUACUACUGAAGAGUGGCCCGCUCAGCCUCCUCGCUGCCCCCACCGCAUCAUUCCUCUGAGAAGUAGUUCAUGAAGCCAUAGGUUUAGCAUCCUACCAAAAACGGAAAGAGAAUACGCAGCCCCGCACUCAACCCUGACAUCAUUGCCAAGCGCCAUGGAUGCAACUUGCAUUUCAGCCAAAUCCCAGCAUUCCCCCCUGAGGACACUCAGAACCCACACUCGACUGUGCUGCCCGGGCUGGGGCCGGGGAAGGAGAAGGUCUGGAGCUACCCCUGCGACCCUGGGAGCUCGGAGGAGCCUCAGACCCGCCCAGGGACCGCCUCCCCCGUUCAUGGACAUGGGACACCCCGCCCCAUCCCUGCUGUUGCCUCCAUCACUCUGGAAACUUUCAAGAGUUCAGUCCCGAGAGAUGAGGAUGGAUUUUCCCCGGCUCUAGAACUGGGGGAGAGGGGUCCCUGUUCCUCGUUCACCCCUUAGGACUUGCGGACCUGACCUCCACGAGUUGGCCCGCCCAUCAGACCAGUGGUGCUCCUCCGUUCUCGUCCGUUCACCGUCCUGCCUUGUGUUUGGUUGUGGCAUCUCUUGUCCCUGCCACGGAGGCUUAUUGUGACGGGAACCCCGAAGCAUCCUGUGAACCCUAGGACUUCCGGGAAGACUGCCCGUUUCAUUCGGGUGUCACCUGUCACUCUCACGGUGUAGGCGUUACAGGUCCUACAUCUUACAAAACCUAACUGGCAUUUUCAAACGUAGUAGUAGGAGUGCUGUACUUACCAUUCUUAUCCUCUGUCAGGGCCCUGAAAUUGCAAGUUAGUGGUUUUCCAAGGGCAGAUCUUUACGUUUAUUCUAUAGCAACAAUGCGAGUAAGUUUCACUUCUUUAAGCUGCAGAGAGGCCCCGUGUGGGGAACCCAUUUCCUGUCUGUCGGGGACAAGAGGCCUUGGGUGCUCAGAACCUGGGAGUGGUCCUUUGGAGAAACCUGCAGGAGGACUGGACGCCGUAGCAGUUGGCCAGGCUGAGGGGAUGGAGGGCCAGCAGCGCCCGCUGGGGAAUGUGCUCGAGGAGCCCAGAGGCGGCGGGCGCCCCGUGGGGCCUGCUGAGGGGCUGGCGGCCAGAGCCCCACCUCCCCCAAUUUGAAACAGACUCCGCCCACUCGAUGAGAGAAUGUAAUUCACUUUAUGGAAUGUAUAAUCUGCUUCGUUGGAUGAGUUUGUUCCUUGAAGAUGGUCUGAAGUAUGUCUUUAUCACAGAAUGAGGCGUCAGGAGUUAAUCACUACACUUGUUUAGGAAAAAGCUGCUUAAACUGUAACUAUAGAAUAAUCAUAAUUUCAAAAUGGCAUUUUCAUUUAGUAAAUUGUAAUUAUAAUUUCUAGUUAAACUAAAUUAUUGGCUUGUCUACUAGUAUAUUCCGCUUCAAAAUAAACCAUUAUAUUUGAUGAAAGGGUAUGAUUUCCAUAACAUUCUUAGUGUGGAACCUCAGGCAUGAUCUUUGGGACAGAAUUCUUUGAUCAUAUAUUUUCUCCAACUAUAAAUACAUAUUUUGUCUUUA